ACGGCCACACUGGCUAAAUGCGCUGCACUUGGUGUAGAGAAAUUUCAACAACAGGCGAAGAAAUUGUAGAAUUAUCGCAUUUUCGCGUUUUUUUUUAGCUGUCUCGAAUUACGGGAGUGAGUUUAAGUCGGAGCAGAAGCUUUAAACGUCAAGGUCACCGGAAGAGGGCCACAAUGCGGAGCGGAGUCCCGGACACUGGUGCCAUCGAAUCGUCGAGCCCCCGUGAGGGCGUUUGAAAAAAUCAAUCGGACUUCACUCAGCCGCGAUCGAGCAGGAUGAGCAGCAACAACAACGCCCCCGCAUCCGCCCAUGACUCCGCCUCCAGCAAUGCUAACGAUCCCGUUAUGGGUUCGCUGUCCGUGGCCAGCAAUCUGGUCAUCAUUCAGGACAUGAUUGAUCUCACGGCCAACCAUCUGGAGGGCCUGCGCACGCAGUGCGCUACAAGCUUGACACUGACGCAGCAGGAAAUUCGCUGCCUGGAGUCAAAACUAGUGCGCUACUUCUCCGAGCUGCUGCUGGCCAAGAUGCGGCUGUACGAGCGGAUCCCGCCUAACGAGCUGCUGCCCCCCACCACUGGCAACGAGCUGCGGCAGUGGCUCCGGGUGGUGGGCCUCAGCCAAGAGACCCUCACCGCCUGCCUCAGCCGCCUGACCACGCUCGAGCAGAGCCUGCGCCUCAGCGACGAGGAGAUCCGCCAGCUCCUCACCGACAGUCCUAGUCAGCAGGAGGAGGAGGAGUUGCGCCGCUUGACUAGGGCCAUGCAGAACCUGAGAAAGUGUAUGGAGUCGUUGGAGAGCGGCACUGCAGCCAGCAACAAUGACCCAGAGCAGUGGCACUGGGACUCCUGGGACAGGCCUAUCCACAUUCACCGCGGUAGCGUGGGAAACAUAGGUCUAGGUCAAAACUCGACCGCCUCACCGAGAGCUAAUCAUCGUCAGCAUGGAAUCAAAGGGAAGAGCAACAUUAUGGCUAACUCCAGGAGUGGGCGUCAGUCGCCCACAGCGACAGAGGAUCUGAACAGCGCGCAGGGUUCCCAACUGACCCUUACUCUAACGCCCUCGCCGCCCAACUCGCCCUUUACGCCUUCCAGCGGGUUGAGCAGCAGCUUCAAUGGAACCCCGCAGAGAAGUCGCGGAACGCCGCCACCCGCCAGAAAGCACCAGACCCUGCUGAACCAGAGCCUAGUGCAAGUAGACGGCGAGCAGACAGCCCGCAAUCGUUUGCCCACUGAUCCCAGCCCCGAUAGCCAUAGCUCUGCCAGCUCGGACAUCUUUGUUGACGCAAAUACGAAUGCCAGCUCCGGAGGAAGUUCCUCCCAUGUGCUCAAGGUGCCGUGCUCCCCAGGCGUGGGUCACGUGGGCAUGGGCCACGCCAUUAAGCAUCGCUUUAGCAAGGUCCUUGGCUUUAUGGCCACCUGCACGCUAUGCCAAAAACAGGUCUACUCCCGCUGGCUAAAGUGCACCGACUGCAAAUACAUCAGCCACAAGGGAUGCGCCCCACAUGUGCCGCCAUCCUGCGGACUGCCGCGGGAGUAUGUGGACGAGUUUCGGCACAUCAAGGCAGGGGGAUACGCAAGUCUGCCCCAUAUGCAUGGCGCAGCCAAGGGAUCACCGCUUGUGAAAAAGAACACCCUGUGCAAGCCUGCACUGCAUCAGCAACACGACAGCAGCUCGCCGAGCUCCAGCUGCACCAGCUCCACGCCGAGCAGCCCCGCGCUGUUUCCCCAAAGAGAGCGCGACCUGGACCAGGCCGGAAGCUAUGGCGGCAGCAGCUCCAGCGCAAAUCUUGUGCCCACGCCAUCGCUCAGCAAGCACCAGCAGAGUCAAUUCAACUUCCCCAAUGUGACCGUGACGAGCAGUGGCGGGAGCGCAGGAGACACGCUCAUCUCCAACGAACCAGUGCCGGAGCAAUUUCCCCCAGCGACCAUCACUGCCAACGGUGGCCUCGUCGACAGCCUGGUUAGCAGCUCCAACGGGCACAUGAGCUCCCUGAUCGGGAGCCAAUCGUCGAAUGCGUCCAGUGCCGCUACCGUGACGGGCAGCCUGGUCAACAGCACAACCACCACCAGCACUUGCAGCUUCUUUCCGCGCAAGUUGAGCACGGCCGGGGUGGAUAAGAGGACGCCCUUCACCAGCGAGUACACGGACACCCACAAGUCGAACGACAGCGACAAGACGGUCUCCUUGUCCGGAAGCGCCAGCACGGACUCUGACAGGACGCCCGUUCGAGUGGAUUCGACGGAGGACGGAGACUCGGGGCAGUGGCGGCAGAACUCGAUUUCGCUGAAGGAAUGGGACAUUCCCUACGGCGAUCUGCGCCUACUCGAGCGGAUCGGACAGGGGCGCUUCGGCACCGUGCACAGAGCCUUGUGGCACGGAGAUGUGGCGGUAAAGCUGCUCAACGAGGACUACCUGCAGGACGAGCACAUGCUGGAGACCUUUCGCAGCGAGGUGGCCAACUUUAAGAAGACGCGACACGAAAACCUGGUCCUGUUCAUGGGAGCCUGCAUGAAUCCGCCGUAUCUGGCCAUCGUGACCUCGCUGUGCAAGGGCAACACCCUGUACACGUAUAUUCACCAGCGUCGGGAGAAGUUCGCCAUGAACAGGACACUCCUGAUUGCCCAGCAGAUCGCACAGGGCAUGGGCUACCUGCACGCGAGGGAGAUCAUCCACAAGGAUCUGCGCACCAAGAACAUUUUCAUCGAGAAUGGAAAAGUGAUCAUCACGGACUUCGGGCUGUUCAGCUCCACCAAGCUGCUGUACUGUGAUAUGGGCCUGGGCGUGCCCCACAACUGGUUGUGCUACCUGGCGCCGGAGCUGAUCCGGGCGCUGCAACCGGAAAAGCCGCGGGGCGAAUGCUUGGAGUUCACCCCCUACUCGGACGUCUACUCCUUUGGAACAGUGUGGUACGAACUGAUUUGCGGUGAGUUCACGUUCAAGAAGCAGCCUGCGGAGUCGAUUAUCUGGCAGGUAGGUCGAGGCAUGAAGCAAUCCCUGGCCAACCUCCAGUCCGGACGAGAUGUCAAGGACCUGCUGAUGCUGUGCUGGACGUACGAGAAAGAGCACAGACCGCAGUUUGCGCAACUGCUGCAGCUGCUGGAGCACCUGCCCAAGAAGCGGCUGGCGCGAAGUCCCUCCCAUCCAGUCAACCUCUCCCGGUCCGCGGAGUGCGUGUUCUGAGGGAGCUACCUGGGCUACCUGGUCACUGUUACUGUCUAACAUAAAACACGACCGCUUGACUGAGCUAGACGACAGCUUCUUCCCAUGCAGUAACUCUCCUAGGCAAUGUUCCAGCGUAGAUUGUAAAUAUUUAAAAGUAACUACCAAAUUAUAGCAAACGAUUUUAAACUAAAUUAUGUACGCAUGUAUCGGGUGCAAUCCAAACAAAGGCAAAACAAAUGUUAACUCGAAAAAGACAAAUGGUUUAAAUGUUAAAGAGCAGAAGCAAACUGAGGAGGCGUAGGCAUAUACAAAACAAACAAGCACUGUGGCAAAUAUUAAUGUAAACGUUAAUCAGGUGAGCAAUUUCUAAAUUGUUAAUUAUGUGUAAGAAAAGCUCUAUAUAUGUAUAUACAGGCGUGUAUAUGAGGGAUUAGUGUUUAAAUAAAUAUAUAUUGUGAAUUAUGUAUGGUCAAAUGUAUAUAGUAAAUGGACUUUAAAUGAGAAAUCAAGCGAAACGUCAAAUAAACUUAUUACCACAGCCAAAA